AUGCUACCAUCACAAGCAGAGCUUAGGUCCUUAUGUGCAAAUGGAAACCUUCCAAAACUCCAGACCUUUCUGGAGAAGACACUUCCCUCGAUGUCCACAGACGAACAGGUCAAGUAUUGUAACCACCCAGUCAAGCCAUGUGACGAGGUACCUUGCUCCAUCAAGGUCACCAAUCUUGCAAGUGCAGCCGCGGAAGCUGGACAGAUAGAAGUCUUCACAUACCUUUGGGAUAAAUACCUGGGGCCUCGUGGCGCCAGAAUCCCUUGGGAGGCUCUCAGGGCGGCUGCGCGUUUUGGCUCAAUACCCAUGGCAGAAGCAUUCUACGUCCGAGAUCCCAGCUGUUUUAACACAAUUGAACCAGAGAGUCCCCGUGGGGGGCCAGUAAGAAACACACAGAUCGAUGUUGCGAUCCGCCAGGACAACUUUGACUACGUUGAUUAUCUCCUAGCUCACGGCGCGGACAUGAACUACCAAUUCCCUGAGCGGAGCCCUGUAAGAGCUGCGGUCCGAAGUGCCGUCAACGAUCGGACUGCAAUUAGACGGAUUAACUUCCUCGUUGAGCGCGGCGCUUGGGUGAGAGGGUCCGGCGCGCUUCGAGCAGCCGCUAGUGAAGGCAAACUUGACAUUGUACGCCUCUUGCUUUCCAAAGGAGCGGACGUUGACGAUUUGGGUGAUGAGUCACAACCGAUACAUCGGAUGAGAACUUCGUCACUUAUUUCGGCAGCGGCAGCCGGCCAUGAGGGCGUCAUCAUGGUUCUCCUCCAACAUGGUGCCAAGUUCGAUCAUGUGGAUCGCUCUGGUAUGUCUGCCCUUAAAGCCGCCGAGAAGAAUCAUCAUAUCCGCGCUGCAGAAGUCUUGCGUCAAUACCAGUUAAGCUCUGAAAGAGCGCAUCGUAUUCCAUAG